AUGUCGUUUCUCCUCCGCCCCGUCGCACGCACGGUCCCGCGCGUCUCGACUUCGACCACAACCCGCACAUUUACCACUACCCGGGCUACAGCCCAAGAGCUAAAGCGCGGUCCGAAGAUGGGCUCCAACAAGCCAGAUCAGAGCGCCAAUUCAUCCGCAAAGCCCAACGCCGAUACCCGCUCAAAGCCGCUCAACACCGAUCAGCAGUCUAGCUCGUCUACGCAAGAGCACAAGAGUGGUGACGAUCACCCCGCGAAACAGCCCGACCAGCAAGCCCAGCCCACUAGGACUACGGGAAUCGGCGGUGGUGAGAAGGUGGAGGGUGGAAAGGAGGGUCUGGGUGAGAUCAGUGAGAGUGGGAAGAAGAAUCUGGCCGGGCAGUAG